AUGCACUCACAAUAAUAAUUAUAUAUCUUAAUCUUUCUGAAGGCAUAUAAUAUUUUAGGAUUUAUUAGCAUAUCUUUAUGCAGGAGAUGAGUCACAAUAACGUGGCUAAAGUAUGUUGACCAGACCACACACUAGAAGGUGAAGGGACGACGACGUUUCGGUCCGUCCUGGACCAUUCUCAAGUCGAUAGUGAUUCAAUCGACUUGAGAAUGGCUUAAUUCAAUCGUUAGAUAUGCUAACGAGUCAAGUCGUUAGCAUAUCUUUGUUAAUUAGCCACUAGCAAAGGGCCAUGCGUUGGGCCCAGUUGGCCCCUUGCGCAAAGGGCCAACUUUGACCCUUUAUCAAAUCACGUCUAGUGCCACGUCUGACUGGAAACAAUGGAAUGUAUGAGCAUAUAAUAGAGAAGCAUCGACAAUAUAACGCAGAAUGGCAACGCAAAUCACGGGCUCUAAAGCGACUACACAAGAAUCAGUCAAAUCUUAACUCUGGUUGCAGCAAUGAAAACACUGUAAUUUGUGGAGGCGUAUUGCAGAAUCAGGAGCUGCUGUCAACUUCUGCAGACUUUAAAUCAAUAAUGUCAGCUGAGGAUUUUAAGUAUGCCUCAGUUACCUUUAUUGGCAAUGGCAAUACUGUGAAUGUUGUCGCCACAUCCUGGAUGAACAAACUUGAAACGGGGGAGUACUCGUGCUACUGGCCCACAUACAAUCAGACAACCAGAGCGCAAAACCAUGAAAUUCCUGACAAAAGUAUCUGGGAAGUGCGUUACAUCAAGUCUAUCCUGUUCUUAACAGAUGAUUGGGAGCAGGUAAAAAUCUACUGUCAAACUGCUGGAUUGACGUCGGAUAUUGAGAGCGACAAUGAAAAUGUGUAUUCUGCCAAACCAAAGAAAAGAAAUGCAGACGUCCAAUAUGAAGCAGCGGAAAGUAUUGUUUCAGUCAAAGAAGAAUUUCCACUACCUGUCAAGAGAUUCUGUGCAUGUGAAUUGGCAACAGAUGAUUCUCCAGCAAAAGUGCUUCAUCCCCAAAAUCCAUCUUCAUCAACAAUAAGUGAUGACACAAGAAACGAACCAGUUUCAUCAAGGACUGCAAUUUUAAGGACACCAGAGCCUAGGAGUUUGUUCAUCUCAGAGCCACCAGAGAGGAAAGAAGAAAAUGUAAUGACAUUAUUGCAGAAAAUAAGUAGCAAGGUGGAUGCUGUGAUGAUGCAACAAGAUGAAAUAAUGAAAGCAUUGUGGGCCAUUACAGCCAAAGCAUCCCAGGCAAAUGGUGUCCAUGAAAAUGGUGAACCCAUAAUUAUUCAAGAUCUUCUACCUCAGCCUAUAACACAAGAAUCAGACCUUGCUGAUCUGAACACUAGACUAAAACUUGAUUUAAGUUUUAGAGCAAAAAUGGUGGAAGGUCUGUCAAAGCUGGGUGGCUCAGACUGUGGUGGCACAGUCCGAAGAAUAAUGAAUAAAAUAGGAACAAACAGCCUAUGGUCGCUCUACAGUCUGAAGGGAAGAAAACAUAAAAUCCCUUUUCUAAAAUAUCUGGACCUUUAUACUGUCAUUUUAAAAUCCUGUUUAAAUACACACCCUCAAAAGAUCAAGGAGACUGAUGUUCAGUACCAAAUUGCGGAGACACUAAAACAUGCGCCAAACAAGCCUGAUGGAUCUAGGCACAAGAGAAGCAAUCGACAACAAGAAAAUGGCUUGCAAACGAUUAAGGAUGAGGUGCCACUUGCAAACUUUGAUAUGAAUGAAGAAUUGUUUGUAAAUGCACAUUGAGGAUAAACGUGCACUGCAUAGUUACUUAAGUGAAGCUGUUACCAAUACUGUCAUUUUCCCCCCAUUCCCAAGUGAAGCAUAUUUGGUGCUUACAUAUUUUUAAUGUAUUAGAUAAAAAAAAAGACAUGAAGAAAGAUUAUGUAUUUCUGGGGGCAGCCUUUUGUGGCUCCUUGAAAAUAUCUCGUUUAGAUGGCUUCCAACUUCUAGGUCACAUCAACCGUGUAGUUCUGUUUGACCUGCCGGGCACCAGAGCCAGAACCUGACCACUCCUCACAGAAGGUGACACUUCACCUCACCGGGAAAACAUCCAGAAGUCUCAAAACUGCCAAAUGAACUCUACUGACAAUGUAAACAAAUGAUUGCAUCUCUUGGAACUAGUGUGAUCUCUGUGUUUGGUUAGUACUAGUCACCCCUGCCAGUUGGAGCCAGAAUUCCCAGUUUGCUAAAGCCCCUUACAUAAAUUUUAUAGUUUUUACAGUGUUAACAUGUGUGGAGGUCCACUGUAGAGCUACUAGGUACUCGCCAAGUUGUGCUUUCGGGGGGUUUAGUUUUGACUCUUUGGUCCCGCCUCUCAACUGUCAAUCAACUGGUGUACAGAUUCCUGAGCCUAUUCAGCUCUAUCAUAUCCACAUUUGAAACUGUGUAUGGAAUCUGCCUCCACCACAUCACUUCCUAAUGCAUUCUAUCUGUUAACUAUUCGGACACUGAAAAGGUUCUUUCUAAUAUCCCUAUGGCUCAUUUAGGUAUGAAGUUCCCAUCUGUGUUUUCUUGUUUGCAUACCACCUGUGCUAAACAGUUUGUCUUUAUCUACCCUCUUGAUUCCUCUUGAGAAUUUUAUAGGUAGGGAUCAUGUCUCCCCUAACUCUUCUGUCUUCCAGUGUCAUGAAGUUUAGUUCCAGUAAUCUUUCCUCACAGCUCAUACCCCUCAGCUUGGGAACUAAGGUAGGUCCCUAAGUUGAGGUCCCUGAGCUCGGUUCCCAAAGUUGUCAGUAUGCUCUGCAGGUCCUGCUGCUUCUUAGCUAAGUGUUGGCCAUCCUUGGACUUUGUCCUGUUGGGGUCAUUUGCUUGGUAUUGUUCCUUCUUUUAAUUGAGGUGGGUGAGUGUGUUUUUCAUCUAGUUUGUGUUGUGUGGAUCUGGCUCUUUCAAUGCUUGCAGCUGCAUGUGCUCAAUGUUACCUUCCCUGUGUGCUCCCUGGCACUGCUUCUGCAUUGACAGAGUUAUCUUCUCCAGUGUGUUGGGAGUUUGCCCUUUUAGAGGCUGGACCACUGGGGUGGUGGCCUCACAAAGGCUGUCUGUGGUCUUUUCUGCUCUGUCCAGGCCCCUGGUUGGGGUGAGUGUUGGCUGGUUUGAUUGCACUGGUGAUUCAUGUGCUUAUUCACAUGGCAUACCGAGGUCACCCCUCACAGCCGCAUUAACUUGGCUGUGUUGACCAACUUUACAAAUAUCCAACAAGCAGCUCCAAUGCCUGGGUGUUCUCCUUGGUUUGUUCUUCAGGCUCUGCGAAUUCCUUGAUGGUUUUGGUGUUGCCUCUGGAUAUCCCCUCCAAACUCACUGACAUUGUGUGAGUUUGAGGGCUGUCUCUGUACCACAAGGCAAUGAUCAUUCAUUCUACCUCUGAUGUGUUGGCUAUUGGGUCGGUGACACCAAUGACCUUGAGUCCUCUGUGGUUUACUCUCCCCAUGUGGCUCUUUGUCCAUGACCCUCCUGAUGAUGCAUGAGUGUAUCAGGCAGCUACCACUUUGUGAGUUUGUUUCACCUACCUUCAGUGGAGUAAGUUGUGUGCCCAGUUGGGUGCCCCAAAGCUGGUUCAUCUUGUUUUUAGGGACCCAAAAUUGAAGAUGUUGGUGAAUUCCACUUUCAUUCCACCAAGAGUGUGAUUUCAGGGGCUGUUCUAGUUUCUCCGCUGCCAUGACUGUUGUUAGACUUCAAUUGCCCUUUGUCAGUUGCUGUGUUGCAGGGUGCAUUUUUGGGCUUUUCGGGGGUUUGGUUCCUUGACGCCUUUCUCCACCAUCUCAGCGUUUUUACAUAAGCGUUGCCUUUGAGUUGGGGCUUCAUGACUAGCUUUCUCCAGGCUGCCUAGGGUCGUUGGUCAAGUUCAUUCCGUCGGGUGCACAGUACAGUGUGGGAGUUUGCAGCCAUGUGGCAUGCCAUGGGAUGGUUUCAGAUUCCUCCAGUUUCAUUUGGACUAUUCCCCAGUGGUUCAUUGUCUGAACUGGGUGGGGGGCUCCCUCCGGUCUGUUGCUCUGUAGAGCAGGACACUUCAGGUAGCUAGUCAACUGGGCUCCCAGGGGUUGGUUCUCUGCACUGUUCACUUUUGGGAAGUGUCUAACUCUCUUGUGGAUAGUCUGUCUCGUUUUCGUCCCAUCUCCAUAGAGUGGACUGUUGAUGCUUCCUCCUUCCAAUGGCUUUAUGAGAUUUUCGUGCAUCCUGACAUGGAUGCAUGAACAUCAUCCCGGCACCUUCCUCUCUUUGUGGCUCUGUUCCCUGACUGCGAGGCUCGCACCAUCGAUGCUUUUCAGCUGGACUAGUCACAGUGGAGGUUUCUGUACUUCCUUCCCCCAAUCCAGCUGUUGCUCUAGGUCCUGGCCAGGUUGGAGUCCUACCAUGGGUAGGUGGUCCUUCUUGCUCCUUGGAGACUGGCUCAGUCUUAGUUUCAGGUGCUGCUUACUUUGUGUCUGAAACUGGAUGUUUGUCUGCAGUUUUUUCUUCGUGUUGUCUUCCUGGCAGCAGUAUGAGGUUUCUUGGUACUCUUUUUGUACUCACCUAGUUGUGCGUGCAGGGGUUGAGCUCUGGCUCUUUGGUCCCGCCUCUCAACUGUCAAUCAACUGGUCUACAGGUUCCUAAGCCUACUGGGGCUCUAUCAUAUCUACAUUUG